AUGAGCUUCAACAUCGCUUCCGACGGUUCUCCUACGCCCCGUAAGGGCCCCGCUCGAUUCCCGGUGCCAGGGGAUCUCCGAGUUGACACUUCGCCAGAGGCUUUGGGUCAGGCGGUAGGCAGCAUGAGCCUCAGCCAAUACCCAUCUUCUUUCCAUCGUGUGUUUGGCUCAACGUUGACUUCCAACACACAGGGCUUGAAGCGGCCACUCGGACCUUCUGCACUGGGUAGUCGAUCUCUUCUGGAGCAGCACGAGUUGCUUGACGGCUACAAGAAGCCCCACAUGGAGAUGCGCGAGGACUCUACCGCUGUGGAAUCGCUGAUGCAGCGCCUCAACGGACGCUCUCCUGCCCAAGACCCGUACAGCUCCUCCAGCAGCUCUGUUCCCAUCACUCCAGCCACGGAAGAAUUUGCGCCCACACCACCCUCCGACAUGGACAACUCGGUCGUCCUCGUGGAGGCUGUCGAGCUGCAGAAGUUGAAGCUUGAACUGCAAGAAGCUCGCAACGAAGUCAACCGCGUCAAUCAAGAAAUGCACAGCCAAAACGUAGCCCGGUCGACCAUGGAGCACCUCAGCCAGUCAUCGGAGGCUGAUUACAGCUACUCAGGUGACGUCACGGAGCAAACACUUGCUAACCUGCAGAAUAAGUUCAAUACCUCAACCCGAAGCAACUAUGGCUGGGGCAAUGGAUCUGCUCGUCUUGGUGGCAUGGGUAGCAACAGCUUCGGACCUCCAUACCUACCUCAGACUCAGGCGCAGUCCCGACCACAGCCCACACAGACUGGCUAUCGCCGCACUGGCUACUUGAAUGAACCCACUCACUUUCCGGUUGACCAAAGCUUCCGUAGCAGCGGCAUGACCAAUGGCUUCAACACUGGAAUGGGUAACGGCUUGUCCAACAGCAUGCACGCCAACACUAGCAACAACAUGGGCAUAGGUAUGGGCAGCGGCUUGAGCAACCCGCCUAGUCGCCCAAACUCUGCGUUUGAUCCUGGAUACAGCCAGUACACUUUGCCGCCGAUGUAUCCAAUUGGUCAUCCGGCACCAAUUGGCACCAUGACUAGCAACCUGUCUGCGGAUGCGAGUGAAUUCAACUUCCCCAACGGUAUGGGUUCUUCUCCAUGGAAUUCACAGGCCCAGAGCGAAACUGGCGCUCCUCAGUACGUUCCCCCGGUGGAGCCCAUGAACUACCGUCGGCUGUUGGAUCGCAACAUGAGCUGCAACUGGAAGUAUAUCGUUGACAAAAUCAUCUGCAAUAAUGAUCAACAGGCUUCCAUCUUUCUUCAGCAGAAGCUCAAAGUAGGCACCCCUGAGCAAAAGUACGAGAUUGUCGAAGCAAUCAUUUCUCAGGCAUACGCUUUGAUGGUCAACCGCUUUGGCAAUUUCCUGGUCCAGCGCUGCUUCGAGCACGGUACCCAUGAGCAGGUAAUCGCUAUUGCCCAAGCCAUUCGUGGUAACACGCUUGCGCUCAGCAUGGAUGCUUUUGGUUGCCACGUUAUUCAGAAAGCCUUUGACUGCGUACCCGAGGAAUACAAGGCAACCAUGGUACACGAGUUGCUCCGUCGUAUUCCCGAGACUGUCAUCCACCGCUAUGCGUGCCAUGUUUGGCAGAAGCUAUUCGAGCUUCGCUGGAGCGACUCUCCGCCGCAGAUCAUGCGCUAUGUCAACGAGGCGCUUCGUGGCAUGUGGCAUGAGGUGGCUUUGGGUGAGACUGGAAGUCUUGUUGUACAGAACAUCUUCGAGAACUGCCUUGAAGAGGACAAGCGUCCCUGUAUCAACGAGGUCUUGGCCAGCAUCGACGUGAUUGCACAUGGACAAUUUGGAAACUGGUGCAUCCAGCACAUUUGCGAGCAUGGUGCCCCCGCGGAUCGCAGUCGCGCCAUCGAGCAUAUCCUUCGCUUUAGCACCGAGUACAGCAUGGACCAAUACGCCUCCAAGGUGAUUGAGAAGUGUCUGAAGAUUGGUGGCAGUGAGUUUCUGGACCGCUAUCUCGACCGUGUUUGUGAGGCGCGCCCUGAUCGUCCGCGCAUGCCUCUGAUUGACAUUGCUGGGGAUCAGUUCGGUAACUACCUCAUCCAGUAUAUCUUGACCAACAGCAGCCCCCAGCAUCGCGAACUUGUAGGCGGCCAUAUUCGGAAGCACAUGGUGUCGCUUCGUGGCUCCAAGUACGGCUCCCGUGUCGCUAUGCUCUGCUGCAACCCCGCCCUGACUACGCGCCCUGGACCUCCAGCCGGCAUGCUCCCACGCUACGGUAACCCGACAUCGCGACCCACGUUUGGUGCUUUCCGCUAG